AUGGAGACGGGUGGCAUAGUAGAACCGGCCGAGCCAGUUCGUGAACUCAUCCUACGAUCGAGGACGAUCAGAAUCCCGGUUCUUGCCACGCAGAGAGGGUUGGCUGCAGCAACACCGAAAGCAUUUAACCCUGCAGAUUUAGAGGAACUUCCGGAAUAA